UUGUCGGUUGUCGAAUAAAGUUGUAAAAUACUUGGUUGUUGUUUUAUAAGGAGGUACUUUAAAUCCUGUGACGAUGGCUGAUGUUUUGGAGCUCGACAAUGCGGAAGAGUUCGAGGUCGACGACGAGGGGGACCAGGGAAUUGCAAGGUUGAAGGAGAAGGCAAAAAAGAGAAAAGGUCGUGGGCACGGUGCAGAACUUGUCUCCACAAAAGAUGACGUUGGUCAUUACGAGUCCAUGCACGUAGUUGAGGAUGACAACGAGCCUGGUCCACAGAGAUCUGUAGAGGGUUGGAUUUUAUUUAUUACAUCGGUGCACGAAGAAGCUCAAGAAGAUGACAUUCAGGACAAGUUUUCUGAAUUUGGGCAGAUCAAGAAUUUGCAUCUAAAUCUCGACAGAAGAACAGGCUUUCUCAAAGGUUAUGCUCUCGUUGAGUAUGAAACGUACAAAGAAGCCCUUGCAGCUAAAGAAGCUUUGAAUGGCACAGAAAUUCUUGGACAGCCAAUCGGAGUAGAUUGGUGCUUUGUCAAAGGACCCAAAAAUUAUAAAGUUCAAAAUGUUAUUGGUGUUCAAGUUAGUGGCCGCAGAACUCAGGCCUGUUGGGGAUGGGUUUCUGGACAUGGAGCCAGCAGUCUCGUUCACAUUUGCAGAAAGUUGAAUGCUGAAGGCUAUGUGCAGAUACUACAAAAUGUCUUACUACCUGAUGUAACUGCUCGAUAUCCGUAUGAUGAAGAAUACUACAUUGUCGAAGAUAACAGUGCAAUACAUACAGCUCGUGUG